AGCAUUUAAUCUAUAUAUAGGGCACUGAAGUUUCUUUACAAAAAUUACAAAACAAAUUUCCCGAAAUGGAAAUAUUAAGUAUUAGUGGAAAUUAUUGUACAGACAAGAAGCCUGCAGCUAUAAACUGGAUUGAAGGAAGAGGAAAAUCUGUAGUGUGUGAAGCAGAAAUUCCUGGGAAAGUUGUGAAAGAAGUUCUGAAGACGACGGCGCAGGCCAUGAUCGACGUCAACAACGGUAAAAACUUAGUGGGCUCGGCCAUGGCCGGAAGCAUCGGAGGUUUUAACGCUCAGGCUUCUAACAUCGUCACCGCAGUUUACAUCGCCACGGGUCAGGAUCCGGCGCAGAACGUGGGAAGUUCCAAUUGUAUAACGCUGAUGGAAUGUCGCGGACCCGAGGGGGAGAAUCUACACGUCAGCUGCACCAUGCCGUCGAUCGAGAUCGGGACGGUGGGCGGCGGAACCAAUUUACCGCCGCAGGCCUCCUGCCUGUCGCUUCUGGGCGUCCGGGGUCCCUGCCGGGAAAAUCCCGGAGAAAACGCGGCGGUUCUGGCUCGCAUCGUCUGCGCCACCGUCCUGGCCGGAGAACUCUCCCUGGUGUCGGCACUGGGCGCCGGACACCUGGUCAAGUCGCACCUGACCUACAACAGGCCCCCCACCGGAAAAGAAAAGCGGCCAGAGUGCGGCGGGAAAGAAGUCUCGGCGUGAACCGCGGCCAUUGGGUGCUUUUUCCUUCCCGCACCAUCGCGCGCCGGGACUCGGCACGCGUUUGGUUUAAGAGGAGGACGACGUUCGGAACACCGUUACCGAUUUACCGGACAAAAGUGUAGAAUUUUAUGCCGCCUUUCCGGUACUCCGGCGGGAAAUUUUAAUCUCCCGGCCGUAUGUUUUUUAACCGUGCGAUUAAAAUCGCGUUUAUUUUAUUUUUUUACCGGUUCAGUUUUUUACCAUUCCAAUAAAACUGGUCAAACCACCUC